AUGAUCACGCGAGUACACGCGCCCAGGCUCGGUCGACAGUUCCAGGAGUACCCGCCAUUCGGUCCGGCUGAGGACGAGCAGCUUUCCGCCCAUCGUCGCCGUCAUCGCACGUCGAUCGAGGAGCAGGUCACCGUGACGUUGGUGUUUUCCGGCGGCGGGAUGCGCGGUUUCACGAAGGAUCGCGGUGACCCGAAGAUCGAGCGCGUGAGAAUCGAUCGGGUUCAGUACGAAGUCCGAGACAGCGCCAUGUGGUGCUUCGUCGAUGUCCUCGUGGCGGAUCUGUCGUGCAAUCUCGCAGCCGUCGAUGUCCGGCAACAAGAGAUCGAUCACGGCGAUAUCGAAACUGUCGGUGUCCAGGUCGUCGAGGUAGGCGGCGCCCGGUGCGGACGAGCUGUGUUUGAUGACCAAAUGUAC